AUGAUGGAAUAUGUUUUCGUUGACGACUUGCAUAGAUAUAAACGUUUAAAAGUCACACGUGCAUGCGAGUCAUGCCGAAGAAGAAAAGUUAAAUGUGACGGUGGAUCUGGUGGUUCUCAAACUCCUUGCUCAAGUUGUAGAAAAUUAAAAAUCGAUUGUAUCUUUUCAAAUAUGGCCAUGAAAAGAACCGCUCCCAAAACUGAACAAGAACAAAUGGAUGAAAGAUUGCAACGAUCUGAAAGUUUACUGCAUAAACUUGAUGAAGAUGAUGUUAAGGCAAGAAAAAAUGGUGGUAUCUAUACAGAACCACCAUUACCAUGCGACAAUUAUUCGGAAAAUGGUUAUCCUACACCCGAAAUAAUUCAAAGUUUGGUUGGUCUUUAUUUUGCCAACGUUCAUCCAUACGUCCCAAUAUUGAACAAGAAUGAUUUUAUACGACGUCUUAAUGACAAGAAUAAUCCUAUUUCUCCUUUAUUAUUCUAUUCCGUACUUGCUAUGGGUGCUAAAUUUUCUGAUGACCCCGUAGUUCGUCUUGAUCCUUUGAAACCUGAAACUGCUGGUUACAUUUAUUUUAACAGAGCCAGAGAUUUACUAGAUGAUUUCUUUGAUGCUCCUCGAUUAUCUACAAUACAAGCACAACUUUUAUUGUUAAAAUUUCAAGAAGGUGUACGUCGACCUGGAUUCUUCUUUAGAAGUUGGGUAUAUUUUGGUAUCAUUCUUCGUAUGGCACAAGAUUUAGAUCUAGAAAAAAACUUUGAAAAGUGGAAUUUAGAAAUCAGUAGAGAAGACAUGAUUAUUAGAAAACGUGUAUGGCAAACUUGCUUUAUUUACGAUCAAUUAAUGGGUGGUGCGCAGGGUCGAGAUACUGCCAUAUUCUUGUCAAAUACAGAUAUUGACCUCCCCUUAAAAAGUGAUUUCGAUGACGAACAAGAAUUUCAAAUUCAAACUGAAUUUGUUCAUUUCGUCCGUCUUAUUAAAAUUCUAUCAAGUGUGUUGUCGACAAUCGCUUCAGCAGGUUCUGGCAAUUCGUUACAAGCUUGGUCAUCAAAUCCAAAAUUUCAAACUUUAGAUACUGCAUUAGAUGCUUGGUUACAAGCUCUUCCACCUGGACUUAGAUAUCAACAAUUAAUAGAAAAUAAUAAUGGUGUUGCUCCUCAAACUUCUCAUUUUGCUUGUUUUAUCAACAUUUUAUAUCAUACUGUUGUCAUUUUGCUUCAUCGCCCUUAUAUAUCGACUAUCGAAAAUGGAAAAAUUUCUCACACAAAUCCUAAUCACUUAAAUAUUUGUACCGUAGCUGCAAAUACUAUUUCUUCAAUCGUGAGAAUGGCCCAUGGUCAAUGGGGUCCCCUUGUAUUUCAAUUUCCUAUCCGCGGAGGAAACUAUGGUGUUUAUUGUAUGGUUGCUGCUUCCAUGAUUCAUCUUGUCAAUAUGUCAUCUCCUGAUUUACGUUUUUCUAAACCUGCUCAUGAUCAUCUAUUAAGUACUUUGAGUGUUCUCAAGGUUUGCGUUGAUCAUAGUUCUGCUUGGGAAUUGAGAGAUAAAGUUCAUGGUUUGGAAGCUGCUUUCACCACUCAAAGAGCGCGUCAAUCACAUGGUUUAUUAUUUCACCCUGGAUCACAUCCGGAUUCGCCCGUUAAUGGUCACAUGAAUAGACAAAGACUUCCUAUAAAGAGAACAACAACUCCAAAUACUCAAGGAAUGAUGAUGACAGAUUCCGGUCAACAUUUUAUUCCAAAUAAUCUUCCAAAUAAUCUUCCAAAUAAUCUUCCAAAUAAUCUUCCGGAUAAUUUUUCUCAAUUUCCACAAUCCUCUUCUCCUCCACGUUUUAAUGAACGUCCAUUGUAUUUAUUGGCUGAAGGUUCUGAUCAACAUUUCUUUACCCCGGAACAAAACCAACCUUUCGAAUUCCUUCCUUCACAUAAUUCGGUAGAUGGUGGAUCAUUGAUUUCUUCUUCUAUUAAUUCAACCAUAAAUCCUUCCAUAAAUUCAUCUAUCAAUCCAUCUAUUAAUCAAUCUAUCAACCCAUCUAUUAAUCCAUCUAUCAACUCAUCCAUAAACCAAACCAUCAACCCAUCCAUUAAUCAGUCCAUUAACCCAUCCAUUAACCAAACCAUUAACCAAACCAUUAACCAAACCAUUAAUCCAUCCAUCAGCCCAUCUAUCAAUCAAUCUAUGAAUCCAUCUAUGAACCCAUCUAUGAAUCCAUCCAUGAAUCCAUCCAUCAAUUCAAUGGGUCUUUCCGCACCGAUUCAGGUGCCAACAUCACAUCAAUAUAAUUCAUUAUUACCAUUGAAUGGCACAAAACAACUUGAUGUGACUUCGCAACAAAUGUGGACAAAUAAUGGAGGAAGUCCAUUAAGUAUAAGUACACCAGCAUCAACAACAUCGCCAUCGGGUCAUCAAUCACCAGAACAUGAUUCACCUUAUUCACAUAGUGGAGUAGGAUCUCCUGCAGGAUCGGUAGUUGAUCCAGUAAUUGUUGCAUCUCAAACUCAUGAUAUGAUGAUGCAAACAGAAAAUACAUAA